AUGUCCAUGAUCAAGCUGCUGCCUGCUGGCAGCAUCGUCUCUGCAACCGAUCGUCUAACCAUUCAUGCCUCUAAAGACUUUAAUCCCGCUGUUAAAUCGCUUGUUGAUACGCAUCCAUUCAACUCUUCAGUCCGUCUGUUUCUGCCAUCUACCAGUCUCGAUAACUCUUCCUUGGCUCUGCAACUGCCCGACUCCAUCCCAUAUUACCAUGCAAGACUCCCGCUGUCCUUUUUCAUCUCAUCCGAGUUUAUCGAUUCACACAUCAAGUCAGGCUCAUGCAUUGCUUCCAGUAUAGAUACUAGAAUCGAUGUGGACGACUGUGUUGCAUUGAUCGAGCCUGGCCAUUUAGUUCUCUCACUUACAAAAGAUACCUAUGAAAGUGCUGGGCUUACUGGUCACAAAUGCAAAACUGAUCCAACUAAAUCUAGAUAUGGUGCAUCAUCAUUGAUUCAAACAAAACAGAUUGUGUUUCCAAUGGAUGCUCAAGUCAAGGAACUGUUCAUCUCGCGUCAAAUGAUGCAUAUGAACAAUAUCUAUAUUCCAGAUUUGUCCACUGGUCUUGUUCCAGGAUUCGAUUCUUCAGAUGAUGAUUCCUCUAGGAUUGCCAUAGAGCUAUUAGAAUGGGUCGGCAUGGCGAGUAUUCGAUCACAAAGAUUGUCUGCAACAGAUAGCGUUGAUUCGUUUAUAGCCAUGGUUGGAUUGUACGAACCCUCUGUUUUGGGUGAUUUGGUAAUGAUCACGUACAAGGGCUUCAUUCCUCCAUUAUUCAUUUCUAGAAUUGUGGAUGCUGCAGACCAAUGCAUUUCAAAAAGUAUAACAGAGAUAUCGAAAUCUACAGCAUGGGUCGCACUCCAUGUUGCAGGAGAUAUUCAUGCACCUGUAUCGUGGAAUCAUCGCAAUCAUAGUAUACUUGCAGGUGGUAUCAAUGACUAUAUGCUUAUUUUUACCCACAAAUCAAUAGCCACUACUUCGUGUAUAUCAUAUACGAUGGAAUCUCUUGUCGCUCAUAAAUAA